CAAGUAAACUUAAAAUUACCAAACUGCCACAAAAAUCCGCAUCUCUAAUGCCUAGACCUGGUCCGCCCACUUCGCCUCCUCCCCCAGAUCUCACCGCCGACCUCCUCUUCCCGUCGGCGCAACCCUUCGCCGGUCUAUCCCUCCCAUCCAUCUGCUUGCUUCUUUUCCAUUGACCUCAACACUCGCCGUCGUCGAUCUGCUGGACGUUGUCUCCUGCUUACUUGCCGCUCGUCCCAGUGAUGCGCUGCUCCUCGAAUCGUGUGGCUUCGCUUCUUCUUCUUUGAAGAUGGAAAUUUAAUGGGGCAUCCCAUCUUGCCCGUCCUUUGUGGAGGGGAAUGCUACUCUUGCUUCUGCGCCUGUUAAGGAGAUUUUGAAGAUGUUUUCAGCGAUGCAACUGUACUCUUAAUGCUGGAGUGUCGUCUAAUGUUAACUCAGGUUCCUUUACAUUUGGAUUGGGAAUAAUUUGACCGAGACCAGUUGAAAUGGACAAGUCUAGUGCUUUGGAGUAUAUCAACCAGAUGUUCCCCACUGAGGCAUCGUUAUCUGGAGUAGAACCACUUAUGCAACAGAUACAGAGUGAAAUUCAUCGUGUGGAUGGUAGUAUAUUGGCUGCUGUUCGUCGGCAGAGUUACUCUGGGACAAAAGCCAAGGAGGAUCUUGCUGCAGCAACACAUGCUGUUCAGGAAUUGAUGCACAAGAUUCAUGAAAUUAAGACGAAAGCUGAACAAAGUGAAACAAUGGUUCAAGAAAUCUGUCAUGACAUCAAGAAGCUAGACUUCGCGAAGAGGCAUAUAACAACCACAAUUACUGCUCUUCAUCGUCUUACAAUGCUCGUCUCAGCAGUCGAGCAACUUCAAGUAAUGGCCUCAAAACGUCAGUAUAAGGAGGCUGCUGCACAGCUGGAGGCAGUAAAUCAGCUGUGCAGUCACUUUGAAGCUUAUAGAGAUGUACCAAAAAUAGCUGAACUUCGAGAGAAAUUCAAGAACAUCAAAAAGAUUCUUAAAUCUCAUGUAUUUUCAGAUUUUUCAAGCUUGGGAACUGGAAAAGAGACGGAAGAAACAAAUUUACUGCAGCAGCUUUCAGAUGCUUGCUUGGUGGUUGAUGCAUUAGAGCCAUCUGUUAGGGAAGAGUUGGUAAAAGAUUUUUGCCAGAAGGAACUAACUUCUUACAGGCAGAUUUUUGAAGGCGCAGAACUAGCCAAGCUGGAUAAGACUGAAAGGAGAUAUGCUUGGAUUAAGAGGAGAUUAAGAACAAAUGAGGAUAUCUGGAAUAUUUUUCCAUCUGCCUGGCAUGUUGAUUAUUUGCUAUGCAUCCAAUUUUGCAAGCUGACAAGCAUGUUUGGUCAUGAUUCUGAUCAUUGUUUCCAUUUGCACCCCGAACUGUCUGCUGAUGCCUGCGUCCCCGUGGAAGUAGCAGCUGAUGCAACUUGUGUGGGUCCUGUUAGAACUAAUAAAAAUGUUGAACCUAUUUAUACACCUGAACCAGAACCCGAGCCACAUCCCACUCAGAUACCUACUGUUUCACUUAAUCAAAUUGAGGCACUUGAUCCCCCACAAGCAAUCACUCAUCCUUCUACUUCUGUGGUUACUCCAUCACAGCCGGAUCCAUUCUCUUUGGCUGCCUUUGUUUUAGAAUCUGAAUGGGAUAAGCUUCUUCUUUGGCAGCAACUUACUCGUAUGGGUGCUACUAUUACUGAAAAAUGGUUCGUCGGUAGAGAUUUAAAUAUGAUUAUGUCGCCAUCCGAGAAAUGGGUUGGUGCUAAGGUUGACACGAGUUUUAUCAACCGUUUCUGUGAACAUAUUGAGGAUGCUGGCCUUUAUGAUUUAGGCUAUUCAGGCCCUCCUUACACUUGA